AUGUUAAUUGUAAUUUCGUCAUUCUCUGUUAAUGGAGAAUCAUGUCAAGGUAUUUUAAUAAGGACAAACCACGUAAGGAAUUGUGGCUCCGAAGAUUCAAUUAUUAAAGUCCUCCCAAAUACAUCGAUGACUUCAACACCAAAUUGUGACGUGAUUUCAAGCGUUUGCGCCGUGAACAAAAAAUAUAAUACUGGCCUGGUAGGUGUUUUGACGAUUUACAAAAACAAUCUUCUUAUUCUUAACAUGACGCAUGGUAUAUGUCAAAUGAAGAAGGAAAAUGAAAUAAUCCGCGGUAUUCUCUUAACUCAAGGAAUAACUGGAUGCCCUAAGGAAGAAUUUUUCUUAACAAUUCAUUUUCCAUUGCAGGGCAGUUUUUGUAAAGAAAACUUAAAAAUAUUUUCAUUUGCGAAAAAGUUGAAAUUAGUUCGUUUGAUUGGGUCCGGAAAAGCUUUUGCGAGAAAUGAAAUAAAACAUGACACAGGAACAUCAUGUGUGGAAUCGGAAUUCGAAAUCAAAAUUUAA